AUGUACUCCUUUCUUUCUUUCUUUCUUUCUUUCUUUCUCUCUCUCUCUCUCUCUCUCUCUCUCUCUGAAUAUAUGUGUGCGCGCCAACACACCAUUAAAAAUCUAUCUAUCUAUCUAUCUAUCUAUCUAUCUAUGACUGUAUUGAGUAUCAUUCAUCACUUAUUUCCUGGCUUGACUUUUAAAUUUGUUUCUAUCUAUCUAUCUAUCUAUCUAUCUAUCUAUCUAUCUAUCUUAGAAGAAAGGAAUGUAUACCGUCAUUUCUCAAAGGGACAUGUCAUUAAAAAUCUAUCUAUCUAUCUAUCUAUCUAUCUAUCUAUCUAUCUAUCUAUCUAUCUAUGUGAACCCUCCUUUCUCUCUAUAAUUACAUUAUUGCUGGGCCGAACCCAAACCUAUUGUGUACAUACACUGGUAUCUAUCUAUCUAUCUAUCUAUCUAUCUAUCUAUCUAUCUAUCUAUCUAUCUAUCUAUCUAUAG